AUGUACUCCCGCCAGGUCCUCCGUGCCGCCCGCCUCGCCGCCCCCCGGCGCCUCGCCGUCACCCCCGUGCGCACUUUUGCCGCGGCCGCCGCCAGCGACGUCAAGCCCCCCGUCCAGGUCUUUGGCGUUGAUGGCACCUACGCCACCGCUCUCUACACGGCUGCUGCCAAGUCCUCGACCCUCGAGCCUACCGCCAAGGCCCUCGCUACCCUCGGUGCCAUCGUUGACAAGGACGUCAAGCUCCCCGGCAUCCUCUCCGCCCCGACCCUGAGCGCCGAGGACAAGUCCGCCAUCGUCGCCGAGCUCGUCAAGCAGGCCGGCGGCGGCGGCGCCACCCUCAAGAACUUCCUCGACACCCUCGCCGAGAACAACCGCCUCGGCCUCCUCCAGGGCAUCUGCCACAAGUUCAACCAGAUCAUGUCCGCCUCCCGCGGUGAGGUCGAGAUGACCGUCACUUCUGCUCAGCCCCUGGACAGCAAGACCCUCGCUAAGCUCGAGACCGCUGUCAGCAAGUCGGCGUACGUCGGUGCCGGCAAGAAGCUCAAGGUCACCAACCAGGUCAACUCGGACAUCAUCGGCGGCCUCGUCGUCGAGGUCGGCGAUCGCACCAUCGACCUCAGCGUCUCCUCCCGCAUCGCCAAGAUGAACAAGGUCCUCACCGACAGCCUGUAA